ACGAUAUCAGAAAAAACGAAAACAACGGCUCCCAGAUUGAGUCCGAAAGUUCUGACGACGACGUUCUAUUGGCGAAUCUACGAGUGCAAAAUCAAAAACAAAGCCAAAUAGAAAAUGCAACCGACCGCAAUGAGUUUCGGUGGAAAAAGAAGCACUUCGAUAGACCUGAUGCAACAUUCCUCGGUCCACAAUUAAAUCCUCCAGCUGACAUGAUUGUAGAUACGCCAUUGCGUUAUUUCCGACGUUUUGAUACAGAGGAAAUGCUGCAACUUCUGACAGAACAAACAAACCUCUACAGUGUUCAAAAGAAUGGUGUUUCGGUCAAAACGAACAAAAAGGAAAUUGAGCAGAUAUUAGGAAUGUAUUUGCACAUGGGUAUAGUGCAGAUGCCCAGUGUUCGGAUGUAUUGGGAAACUUCAACAUUUUAUGAGCCAGUGAGUGGAGUUAUGUCUCGCAACCGCUUUCAAACAUUGCUGAGAACUCUACAUUUUGUAGACAAUUUGACUGUGUCUGACAACGAAAAACUUUCUGACAAGCUAUGGAAGAUUCGUCCGUGGCUAACAAUGUUCAGAGAUGCAUGCUUACAGGUUACAGCCGAGGAAUACAACUCUGUUGACGAGAUGAUGUGCCAGUAUAAAGGCACGACAAGUUCCAUACGUCAGUACCUGAAGAGUAAGCCUCAUCUGUGGGGUUUUAAAAUCUGGGGAAGAGCGGGUAUAAGUGGAAUUCUUUACGACUUUGAUGUCUACCAGGGUGGUACCUGUGAACGCACAGAGUUAGGACAAGGUGCGGACAAUGUUCUCAACUGACAUCAACAUUGCCAUAUCAUGCAAACUACAAGAUAUUCGCUGAUAACCUUUUUAGCAGCUUUCCACUCAUCCAAAAAUUAUCAGAGAGGGGAAUGCAGUAUGUUGGAACCGUGAGAAAAAAUCGCCUACCCAACUGUAACCUGGACGAUGAAAAAACAUUAAAGAAGAAAGGCAGGGGGGAAUAUGACUUCAGAGUUGAAGAAAACAAUAACAUAAUAGCAGUAAGAUGGUAUGACAACAGGGCAGUGUCACUACUAUCUUCGUACGUAGGAGUGGAGCCAAUUGAUCAAAUCAGACGAUGGGACAGACGAACGAAACAGCAUGUGCACAUAGCCAUGCCUGCUAUCGUUCAAGAAUACAAUAAGUUUAUGGGAGGUAUUGAUAAACUGGAUUCAUUUCUUGCAAAGUACAGGUUCCGAAUGAAAUCAAAAAGAUGGUAUCUUUAUCUCUUUUGGCAUUUUAUAAUGGUUGCUAUUGUGAAUGCCUGGCUCUGGUACCGCCGUGAUUGUGCUCUGCUCCAUCUUACAACGCGAUAUAUUAUGAAACGGAGACAUUUUCAAGCAGCAGUCGCAAGUGCUUUGAUCCAUGUCAAUACUGACACCCGUCGCGGGAGACCAUCGUCUGAAGUUGAAGAAAUUUGCAGCCCCUCAAGAAAAAUUUCCAUGGCCC